UGUGAUUCACUGAGGUUCAGAAACUAAACUAUUGUCACAGACGUCCAGGUAUUGAGGUGGUGGUUAAAUUACAACAGGUUAAACCGAGUACCAUCACAGCCGUGCUCUACAAAAUGAAAAAGCACUCGAAUCCAGCAGAUGGCGCUGUUGCAGAGCCCUCCAGGACGCAGAAGCUGCAUCCAGAGCAGAGCGCAUCCCUCAUCAUGUUGAAACAGCUUGUACUGUAGUAGCCAGGCAGGCAUAUGUUUGCGCGGGCGAGGAGGAGCAGGACGAUGGUACUGUCCCACCCGUCGGCCUUGAUGAGGAUUUAGAUUCGCGGUGGUUGUCCUCCCCCCUCCUUUUUUCCCCCCCGUGUGCCUGAGGAUGUACGGCGAUGGAGAGGGCACGGUGUGGGACCGGGUCGGACGGCCCCACCGGGACUGCAUGUGCUACCUUGGACCUCCUACCACUUUGAUGCCGAUCGGGAUGCGCAAGUCGCCCGACGUGAGCCCCAGACGGCUUUCGGACAUCAGCCCCCAGCUUAGGCAGCUCAAGUACCUGGUGGUGGACGAGGCCAUCAAAGAGGACCUCAAGUCCUCCCGCUCAGUCGAGGACAUCAACAGCGCGUCCAUAGAGGAGCGGAUACUGAGGAUCACCGGGUAUUAUGGAUAUCAGCCUUGGAGUGCAAGCUACAAGAGAGAAGAGCGCACCAGAGAGAACGUGGUUGGCACCACAGACGCGCAGUCGGCCGGUGCGCCAGGAGCAGAGUCCAGCUCCAGCAGACGGAGGCUCCACUGCUGCGUCAGAGUAACGACGGUACAGGUGCGCAAGGCUCUUUGGGGAGUCGUCAUGGUGAUGUGCGUGUGCUCGUCCUGGGCAGGCUCCACCCAGCUGGCCAAGCUGACCUUCAAGCAGUUCGACGCCCCCUUCACCCUCACCUGGUUCGCCACCUCGUGGAACUGCCUCUUCUUCCCCCUCUACUACAUCGGGCACCUGUGCAAGAGUCCGGAGAGGCAGACGCCCAGGCAGAGAUUCAGGGAGUGCUGCAGGUUUUUCGGGGACGACGGGCUGACACCCAAGGUGUUCUUCACCAAGGUGGCGCCGUUUGGCCUGCUGUGGAUCCUCACAAACUACCUGUACCUGCAGGCCCUCAGGAAGAUCAACACGACAGACGUGUCAGCGCUGUUCUGUUGUAACAAGGCCUUCGUCUUCCUGCUGUCCUGGAUCGUGCUCAGAGACCGGUUUAUGGGGGUCAGGAUAGUAGCUGCUAUCUUGGCCAUAGCAGGCAUCGUAAUGAUGACCUACGCCGAUGGAUUCCACAGCCACUCAGUCAUCGGCAUCGCUUUGGUUGUUGCCUCCGCUUCGAUGUCUGCGCUCUACAAGGUGCUCUUCAAGAUGGUCCUGGGCAGCGCCAAAUUCGGCGAGGCAGCGCUCUUCCUGAGCAUCGUUGGGAGCGCCAACUUUGUUUUCAUCAGCUUCGUGCCGGUCAUCCUGUAUUUUACACACGUCGAGUACAUUGGCUCUCCUGCAGACAUCCCCUGGGCCUACCUCUGUGGGGUUGCAGCCUUGCUGCUUGCUUUCAACAUCCUGGUGAACUUUGGCAUCGCUAUAACAUACCCGACGUUAAUUUCCCUCGGCAUCGUCUUAAGUGUUCCCGUAAAUGCCAUGGUGGACCUCUACACGUGUGAAAUCCACUUCAACACGGUGCGCCUCAUCGCUGUGUUCAUCAUCUGCCUGGGUUUCCUCAUGCUGCUCUUACCGGAGGACUGGGACCAGUGCAUCAUCCAGCUCAGCACGAAGCUGCGCAAGCGCGACGACCCAGCAGAGGUCAGCGGAGAGGCGGGCGCCACCACAGGGCUCAACUGGAGAAACCGAGGCCGUACCUCCAUGUCAACAUUUGCACAUUGAUGUUCAUGAGAUAUCACCAUGCAAACACACACACACAAACACAGAUGGAGACAUAUGAAUAGGUUUGACCUGCCUUCUGUUUCGCGCUUCUCCUGGAUUGAGAAAAGAAAAAAAAAACAGUUUGGGUUUGAACAGUAACAUUUUGACCAAGAGCUGGAGAUGCGAGAGGCACAGAUUGUCUUUCAUCCGGUUUCCCCUCCACUCAGAAGUUACCCAAGCUGGUGCAUGGACUCAUGUCAACUGUAACCUCCCCCUCCUCUCCUCCCCCCACUCCCAAAAAAAGGUCACGUUAACGGACUGAGUCGUUUAUCAAUUUCAGCUGUAUCUCGCAAUCAUUCCAUUGAUUCAUUACAUCUAAGACUUGCCAACAUGCCUGACACUUCAAAAAACAACAACAACAAAAACAAGGACAGACAUCUUUCAAGGCGGGCCUAACACCUCGUAGACUGUUUGGCUUUAACAUGUACACACUUACACACCUUUAAGAUCCAAAGAAGAAUGCCUGAAAUGCUGAACGCCUGAAAAACAAAACAAGGGGAGGCCUGUAUCGGCAUCCCACUGGUGUACACUUAAUGACAAAUACCUGCCUUCCGUGCACUGUACAUAGCUGCGUUUCACACCUUGGACGUCCCGAGGCUGCGGACCUGAUGGGGUCGUCUGGCGUGAAGGGACCUGUCUGGACAUCUGAGGAUCAAUCUGAGGCCAACGAAGCGUCCGCAACGCCUCUCUGUCUCCGUCUCUUUCAGUUCUGGAGAGAAGACGUCUUUUUUAUCCACUCUGAUUGGCUCCCUGUGGUGAUGUGCAUUCCCCGUGGGCUGAACUCCCACUCUGUCACGCAAUGCUCAGGCCCACAGUUUAGUCACGAGAUAGCUAAGAGAUAAACCAGUAUCUCUGCCGCAUUCGUUUUCAGUGCAUGGAAUUUGUUCGUCAAAAAAACGGUGCUUUCAGUCCAGUUGUGAUGCACUUGCCUCACAUUUUCUCUUGCCAAACAUUUUAUUGAGCAGGCAAAGUAGGUAAUCUGUGCAUUUUUGUAUCGUCACUAAAAAAAAAAAUCUCUUAAUUCAUGCUUCAGGCCUCUUGAUGUUUGAAUCUUAGAAAAAAAGACUGACAGGCUUAAAUAAAAACUACCCCUUUAAUGACUUAGGAUAAUAACCAUAGCUAUCACUGAGCUUCACUUUAAAUCCCCGUCUCAUGUUUCGAUUCACACGCACACAAACAAACCGGUGGCAACACGGUCCGAGGGUUUUAUGUCUGGUCAGAAUAGCAGACGGUAGGAAACUGGCUUGAGGAGAGGCGUGUUGACACGAGAAUGACCCACGCGACGCCAGCCCUUCUCCUCUCUUCCUGCACCUGUUUUCAUUUAUCACAUUUCCGAGGCAGGUUAACAACCAAGAGGAGCCUGAGGCCUGAACAAAGCGGCCGGUAUAAACUCUGCCUUGCUGUGAAUGUAUGAACAUCACUCGACCACUCAUGCUCGCUACAUGCUACCUAUUUUUUACAGACUGCUGCAGAGAGACUCUUUUAAUACUUCCCUUCUCUUCCGAAGGUUUUCUUCUUCUUUUUUUUUUUUUCUGAGACAGACUCUUGAUGCAUCACACAAGACCUUUUAUAUUUUUGCAUCUGGUUGCCGACCAACCUCGAGGGGGGGUCGCAGCGAGUGACAUCUUCAGAACGAGCAUGCGAAUACUGUACGAGCAGGUACAGGUGAAAAGUCCACUUCACUGCCUUUUCUUUGUUUUGCAAUAGAGUAAAUUAGCACUGUUUCCCAUUGUCAUUCUCUAUGACAAUAAAUAACAAUAUUGUAUUCCUCUGGAAUUAUUGCUAGACAUAAAUGUAAACCUUUGUAAGGAAUGAUGAUUUUUACACUGAGAUGCAACAUAUGAUUAUCACAUUUGAGGAGGGAAUAUUUAGGGCGGGAAUAAAUGAAGGGUUAUUUAGAUCUACUGCUGGGUGUCUUCAAGUGUAAUCACAUGUACUAUAUAAAAAAAUAUUUCUUUUCAGUA